AUGGAGAAAAAGUCUGCACCAGAUGGGACCCAGCAUCAGUCUCAGAUAGGAGCCAGCAACAGUCUCAAACAGGAGCCAGCAUCAGUCUCAGACGGGAGCCAGCAUCAGUCUCAGCCGGGAGCCAGCAUCAGUCUCAGCCGGGAGCCAGCAUCAGUCUCAGUCAGGAGCCAGCAUCAGUCUCAGAUAGGAGCCAGCAGCAGUCUCAAGACAGGAGCUAGCAUCAGUCUCAGACAGGAGCCAGCAUCAUUCUCAGACAGGAGCCAGCAUCAGUCUCAGAUGAGAGCCAGCAUCAGUCUCAGACGAGAGCCAGCAACAGUCUCAGACGGGAGCCAGCAUCAGUCUCAGACAGGAGCCAGCAUCAAUGAGAGCCAGCAGCAGUCUCAGACGAGAGCCAGCAUCAGUCUCAAACAGGAGCUAGCAUCAGUCUCAGACGAGAGCCAGCAGCAGUCUCAGACGAGAGCCAGCAGCAGUCUAAGACGGCAGCCAGCAUCAGUCUCAGACGAGAACCAGCAGCAGUCUAAGACAGGAGCCAGCAUCAGUCUCAGAUAA